AUGUCCACCAAGUUCCAGGCUAUAUCGAAAAAUUCUACUUUACACCAAAACAUCGCAUACAAUGUCUUGUCCUUAGCAAUCAUCAGCGUUUAUCCAUUCUUUCUAACCACAAUAAUGAUCGAAAUAUUAAUUCGAUUUAUUAAACAUAAACUGCAAGUUUUACGAAUUCCUGAUUUCAUUGCAUCGCUUUCGGCAUUUAUUAUAUCAAUAAUACCACAUCUACUUGUCAGAAGCAUAGAAUUAGAGAUGUACAUCAAGAUUCAUCAGCGCUAUAAUUGGAUAAAAUUACCAUGGGAUUCACCACAGACAUGGUGGUUAUGCCUUCUUGGAGUUGAUUUAGCAUAUUAUUUUGUCCAUCGGUUCGCCCACGAAAUCAAUUUAUUUUGGAUUGCCCAUCAAGUUCAUCAUAGCUCCCAAGAAUUUAAUUUAACCAUAGCAUUACGUCACUCAUUUCUACAACAGUAUUUUGCAUGGAUCUUUUACCUACCCUUAGCUUUGUUCAUACCGCCAUCUAUAUUCUUGGUUCAUAUUCAAUUUAAUUUAAUGUAUCAAUUUUGGGUUCACACUGAGAUCAUUGAUAACUUGGGUCCACUUGAAUAUAUUUUUAAUACACCAAAACAUCAUCGAGUACAUCAUGCUCGAAAUCCAGAAUAUAUCAAUAAAAACUACGGUGGUAUUUUUAUUAUCUGGGAUCGACUUUUGGGCACAUUCGAAGAAGAAGUGGCUGAUGAAGUUUAUGGGUUAACAGCCCCUGUCGAUAGUUGGCAUCCUGUAACAAUACAAUUUGGCUAUUUUAUCAAGAGCUUCCGCCGAUUUUUGGAAUUAGAGGGAAUUUUAAACAAGCUGGCAGUAUGGUGGAAAGGACCAGGUUGGCGUCCUGGUACCCCUCGUCUAGGCAAUAAAGAAGCAAUUCCAAUGGUCGAUUCUAGAACCUUUGUAAAAUAUGAUCUACAAGCACCAAGAUUUCAUCAAUACUAUUGUUUGCUUCAUUUCUUGUUGACGCUUGUUGGUAAUCAAUUACUUAUAGCAUAUGUGAAAGAAUUACAACAGACGAUAGUAUUAUCCACCAUUAUCUUUAUUCUAUUAUCGCUGUAUUCUUUUGGCGCUCUACUCGAAAAGCGGCCUUAUGGUCCACACAUCGAACUUUGCCGAUGUAUUCUUUAUAUAUUAGCCGAUUUAUAUAUUUCAUCUAAUUAUAAUCUCACUGCAUCAUGGAAUGCAACUGCAAUUAUUGUAAGGAUUAUAUAUUUAUUUUCCUGCUGUGUAUGGAUGAUCAUUAGCCGAAAAACAGAGUUAAAAAAGACGGACAGAUUUAAGGACUUCUUCUACAGUCGUAGUCGAUGA